UGAGUUUAGUGGCUGGAGAAAGAAAAUAUUUUAAGGCUAUCAUAUCAGCUGCUUAUUUUACUCUGAAAAUAAACUGGACCAAGCCACACCUUCAUAACGUAGAAAGUGAGAAUUAGUUUGCACUCUCUGUCAUUUUGUGUAAGGAUAGGGAUAAACACAAUUUAUGAGCAAAUAUACACUGCUAAAAAAACCCUCAAUGGGGAAAAAAUAAUGCUGGAUGUCCACAGUAAUACAGAAUGGUUAAUGUGCUUGGAAUGAAAGGAUGCUACAUCAUUUGAUAGAAAUUGAAAUGAUCAAACGGCAGAGGGCUGAAUUCAAAAACACCCUAAAAAAUUGAAGUGAAAAAAUGAUGUGGCAAGUGAGUCCGUUUUGGCCCCCAAGUGCUUGUAUGCAUGCUUGACAAAGUCGGUGCAUCCUAAUGAGAUGAUGAUGGUGUCCAGGGUGGAUCUCCUCCCAGAUCUGUACAACCUGGUAGCGUCAGAUGGACUGAAACAUGAUGUCUCACAGGUGUUCUAUUGGAUUUAGAUCAGGUGAGUGGCGGGGUCAAUCAAUGGUAUCAGUUCCUUCAUCCUCCAGGAACUAACUGUAUACUCUGUUCAUGAGGUUGGGAAAUGUGGCAUGCCAGGAGGAACCCAGGACCCACUGCUCCAGCAUGAGGUAACGGCAGUCAGGAUGCUCCUGCUACCCUGUAGAAGUCUGUGGAUCCGUCCAUACACCUCCACAGACCAUCACUGAUCUACCACCAAACCAGACAUGAUGAACAGUGUUACAGCAUAACGUUCUCCAUGGGCUCUCCAGACCCUUUCAUGUCUGUCACGUGUGCUCAGUGUGAUUCUGCUCUCGUCUGUGAAAAGCACAGAGUGCCAGAGAUGGUCAACUCUGGCAUUCUAUGGCAAAUGCCAAUCAGGCUCCACUGUACCAGGCAGUGAACACAGAGCCCACAAGAGGACGUCAGGCCCUCAGGCCACACUCAUGAAGUUUGUUUUUGAUUGUCUCGACAGAGACAUUCACUUCACUGGCCUGCUGGAGGUAAUUCUGUAGCUCUGGCAGUGCUCAUCCCGUUCCUCCUUACACAAAGAAACAGUUACGGUCCUGCUGAUGGGUUUAGGCCCUGUCCAGCUUCUAGAAUAACUGCCUGCCCCCCUGGAAUCUCCUCCAUGCUCUUAGACUUAGACUCAGCAAAUAUUCUGGCAAUGGCACAUAUUGAUGUGCCAUCCUGGAGAAGGUGGAUUGCCUGUGCAACCUCUGUAGGGUCCAGGUAUCAGCUGUUGAUAUCAGUAGUCACACCGACCCUAGACAAAUGCAAAACUAGUGAACAAACAGUCAGAAAAAACAAGGAAGGAAAAGUGUCAGUGGUCUGUUUAGGACACUGUCUCAUUGUUGCUCCUCUAGUGCACCUGUUGUUAAUUUCAUUAACACUAAAGCAGCUGAAACUGAUUAACACCUUCCUCUGAUCAAUAUCCCAGAAGUUUUAAUGAUAUCAGCUGCUUAUUUGACUCAGAAAAUAUACAGGGCAAAGUCACACCUGGCCUCAGGCCACAGUGUUUGUUGCCCUCAUGUGAUUUUUAUGUAUAUAGCAAGGGAGGAACUCAAAUCAUGGCUCCCUUAUGAACAAAUAGACUUCAAACUUUAUUAGAAAAGAAGUGAAAAAGAUAUGUAUACAUGUGAAUCCUUACUUAUGGACUAGCCUAUUUGAAUAUUUGACAAAAUCCAAAAACUUACAGGAAGGGCAAGCUGCUUAUUGAGCUCAGGCAAAGGUAAUCACAUGCUUGCAGUAAUCAUUCAGAUUACAGGAAAUCCGCGGAGGUGUUACAUAACUUCACCUGUCUACGCCUAUGUGCUCAGAGCAAUUAAAAGGGAAGUGUGAACUGCGACCCUGUUCCUAUACACGUAUACACAUUUCCGACCUGACUGUAUAGUUAUGUGAGGUGGAGCCCUUUAAAAGAGAAAGGACAGUGGCAUUUACAGUUUCCUUCCCUGAAUGAACACCUCACUCCCUUCAGAGUGUACUGAUUGACCAAAAUGGCCCCUGAAACACUGCAAACGGUCCACAGCAGCAUUUCUCCAGACUCUUCAAAGCAAAACUGAACUUCAGGCAAAAGCACAUCUGCCUGCAACACAGACGGACACUUCAAGUUUCAAGUGACAACACGAUGGUUCAGUCGGACAUUCGGUACACCAAAGUGCGAUGGCUAUUAACCAUCGCUGGAGUCUUCCUGUAUGUCGGGGACAUUUGGACAGACAUUGUACUGGCUGUGAAAUAUUUUCAAGAGGAACAAUACGUCUGGACUGGGUUCACCGUAAUGUUUAUUCUGAUCGGGCUACUGGUUACUCAGAUCUUCAGCUAUGCCUGGUAUUGGGAUGACUUGAAUGACCCUCUCUUAAACCCUGAAGGAAAAAAAGAAAUAUCAGACAUGUCAAAACCUGGGCUUGUUGUCCUGCAUGCAUUUGGCUUGGGCAUCUUUACCAGGUAUUACCACCUGCUGAAAGAGGGUUUCCAAGUGAUUUGGAUGAAAUCAAAUGGCGAUGGGGUGGAUAAGCUGAGGGAAGUUCACAAGAAGCUUUUUUGCGUGGCCACCGAUCUGAGCAUGCUCAAGCUCUUUGAGACUUUCCUGGAGAGUGCCCCCCAGCUCCUUUUACAGCUUUACAUAUUACUGGGCCACAAUGAGGUCUCAGUCAUGCAGUGUCUAUCUGUGGCCUUCUCCUUCUGUAACACUGCCUGGUCACUGGUGGACUAUCGGCGCUGCCUGCGGAGAUCUCUCCCCCAUAUCAGGGAAAUGCCCUCUGGCCUCCCCACAGCAAUCUACCUCCUCUACAAAAUUUGUACCAUCACCAGCCUCAUUCUCAGCUACAGCCUCCUCCUCAUACUGAGUAUCUACACCACAGUAGCACUCACUGUCCUCUGGCUGCUGGCAACAAUAUGGACACACUUGCUUGAAACCAAAUUCUGCUCAGGCAGAAGCCUGGAGUUUCUCUACAGGGCAGUUGUAGGAGUUAUCCUGACAUUCACAUUUUUUAAUGUGAAAGGACAGGACACAAAAGUAGCCAUGACCACCUACUACAUUUUCUACACUGUUAUUAACAUUAUGUCGCCGUCAUUGAUGGCUUUGUUAAAGCCGGAGCUGCAAACAAGCACUCUGCUGCUGACAAUCAGCGGUUUAAUCUGUGGAUGCUCAGUGCUGGGACUGGUGUGCCUCAUUUUGUAUUACGUCCAACUGCACCCCAGAAGGGUGCAGUGCGAAGACGAUGAGGUGGACGGCCUGGGAAAGGAAACAAAGUCACUUGCAAGAAUCAAGAACUUCUUGAAACCUUAAUGAAGAAUUUCUUUUUCAAAUUAGCGUGAAAGGGUUCAAAAAGACACGCACAGGUUCAACCGGCCUAACGAUUUCACACAGAGAUAAAAUAAAGGAGCUUUUAGAGGUUUUGAAGGUACCAUUUGCACUAUUGGUGGCUAGCUAGACGAUAAUAUAUGUGGUUGAAUGUCUAUUUUAUUUUUUUCUUUACCUAUUUAUUCUUACAAUGUGCAAUAAAGCAGGUAAUCUGCAAAUAUUAAUGAGA